AUGCUGCUGGGCCCGGGAAGUUGGCGUUUCAAUCCAUACUUGCUGGAAAACCUUGAAUUCCAAGCUCUGUUGGAUACAGCAGUGGCACUCUUUUUGGCUUCGGAUUACUAUGGGGAAAAUGUGGCUUUGGCAGGUGUCUCUGGUGCUGGUAUCUCUGGUGCUGAUGGCUCUGGAUCAGGCGUCUCUGGUGCUGGUGCUCAGGGUCUGGGUAUACGGUCUGUGCAGGAGAAGUGGGAGCCCCUAAAGGCAAUCAUCAAGUACUGUGCCCAACAGUUUACCAAAGGCCAGAAGGCCCGAUACAAAGCUCGAUUUUCUCGUCUUCAGCGUGAACGUGAACAGUUGCUGGAUGACAAGAAGGAAUCGGCUCGAAUCAAGAAGCUAGAGGAAAUCAUUGAGCAAAAGAGUUAG